AUGACUGAGAAUGAGCUUGAAGAUCUUCUUCAAAGUAUUUCAAUCCCUGAAGAGGAUGUGACUGUCACACCUUCUGCUGUGACUGAAAGAGAUCGUGACUCAAUUGUGCAAGUUUAUUCACCUACCCCUGAACAGAUGGAUGCUCUUAUUGUUGAACUUCAGCGAACUGCGAGGAAGCCUCCCCAAGCAGAUCCUGUUACAACUGAACCUUCAUCUAAUUGUGAUCAAGAUGAUUCAACUCAUGUUCUACUCCCGAGAAAAAGGAAAAGAAGAGAUCCAAGACCUGGAGUGCUUAUCACAGACCCUGUUCAAAAUGUUUCUACUCCGAUUGAACCUAGUUCUGUGGCCCAUAAUACUGAAAUCACUUUCACUGAGUCCUCUCCAGUGAUGCAAGAGAUUUCAAGCACGUUACCUGAAUCCACUCCUAUAGAUCAAGAUUUUGAAUGCCAUAUUGUUGAACAAGAAGUUUUGCCUUCAGUUGGGGCUCAAGCUUCUGUAAGCUCCUUUGAAGCCCCAGAGCUAGAUAUUUCAAAAGGCAAAAGCAAGUUACCUGAGUCUGAAUUUGUGGAUGUUGCCCUGCUUCAGAACGGAGUUUUUGAUUUAGAACAAAACUUGGAUGAAAAGGAUUUGAUUAUUGGAAAGCAGGACAUUAGAAUAAGUGAUCUUGAAAAGGAGAACUCCAUUAAAGAUGCGAAGAUUUCAGAACUUCAAGCAAAUCUUGGUGGUCUAACUACCUUAUUUCUUUGA